AUGCAUCUUCCACGACAUACGAUCGAGUCACAUGCCGCUGCUCCUCUCUUCGAGCAUGCAAGCUUCUGCUCCCCAGAUAUCUCCAUCUUCCGCGAUCGGCCGCCAGAGGAUCACGCAUCGACCAAUGCUUCACCCUCGACUUCCGAGCUUGCCCAGCCGGCCGUCUUCGCUUGUGCCACCCUCAAUGGCUUUCUCGUAGCUCAGUCCGACCCAGUUAAGCUCGCCGCUAACAGGUCCUGGUCCAGUGCACAGGGCGGUCUGUCUCACGCUGUGCCCGUCUCCCAUUCCUCUCUCCUCUUGCUCGUCGGCGGUGGAAGAGUACCACGCUUCGCCCCGAACAAGGUCAUCCUGUGGGACGAGGCAGCAGAGUAUAUCCCCUCACAGCCCGAUCCGGAAUCUCAUCACGCCGACUCUGACGACGAAGAUGACGACCAUUCCAGCUCCUUCCCCUCGAGGCGCGCAUCCACCAUCUUUUCGGCUGGUUCCGAGUUCGACGCAUACGGCAGAGCUCCUUCAGCCGAAUUCGAGAAUGUCCAACCGCCAAUCUCAUCCGAACAGUCAUCACCUCGCCCUCCCAGCAUGGACGACUCCGUGAAGUCGUUGUCGGAUCUCGAUCAUAUCCAGCACCGCACCGGACCAGCUGCUGGCAGUUCAUCCCGCUCUGCUGCCGAAUCCGGCUCUUCAGUCGAUCAAAGCAUGCUCGCGAGCUCUCUCGGCAUCGGUCGGCUACAAUCAUCGUAUCUUUCCGAUACCACCGAUCGUGACGCACAGUCGUCCGUGCAAUUCAGCCGCGACUCUCCCAAUCUCACUGCCUCAAGCCACUCACACGCCAUCAUGGCCAGCUCCGCAAAUCUCGCAGACCCUUUCGCAGAGGACGAGGCGCUCCCACCUCACUUGUCGCCAGAGCACAAUGCUCGCCCCGGCUCCUUCACUUCAUCAGAAUAUCACGCCAGCUCUCAUGCUCAUGCGUCCAGGGUCGAAAGCGCUACUUCGUCUCGUCAAUUCCGACCGACUUCGGCCGCACACAGAGACCGCGCGGAUGGCCUCGGCCUCAUCGAUUCGGUCUCUAGCAUGGCAACCACCGACACCCAUGCAACCGCAAAACGUCCCCCUCGCGUCCUACGAGGUCGCGAGGUUGCAGAACUCGAAUUCAGCGAGGUCGUUCGAGGCGUCUAUGCUACCACCAUCCACACCACCAAACCACGCUCUCGCCAUCCAACCAGUAAAGGCAAGGCCCGAGCCACAUCAGGCGCAGCAUCUCCUCUCAAUCGAGAGGCUGAACCUGGUUUCUGCGUCGUCCUUGUCGUCCUGCUUGCCACCAGAGCCAUCGUCUUCGAACUCUUGCCGCCGUCGACCGCGCCAACGCUUGGCGGCCGUCCCACUUCGUCCGCGUGGAGUAUAUCGAAGCGAGCCGUCGCCCAGACGCACAAGAACCCAAAGGGUCUCGGCUCGGUGGCGCCUCUGUACCUGCACACGCCUCCGGGCACGGUAUCGCAACCCAGCGCCGUGGUUGCGCUGCCUGGACGCCAGAAGGGACACGUACAGCUCUUGCUCAUCCACUUAGGCAUGACGCACGUCGAUCAGUCUCGGCCCGCCUCGGUCCCGGCACCACCUGUCGGCGCAUCUACCAUCAUCGUAGCUCACGAGGCUUCCCUCGCUGCGCUUGCCUUGAGCCCAGAUGGUCGUCUCCUGGCAACUGCCUCCUCCAAAGGCACUCUCAUUCGCAUCUGGUCUCACAAUAUCGGGCAAAGUGACGGCACUGGUUCGCGAAACAGUCGCGCUUCUCCGCACGAGCCAAAGUCAAACGCACCAGGCAGGACCGGGGUCGGUGCCACACUAGCACGCGAGCUGCGCCGGGGCACCGAUCCAGCUACCAUCCUGAGCAUCGCCUUUGCGCCUGACGCCUCGAUCGUGGCUGCCGCAAGCGACAAGGGAACGAUCCACAUCUUCUUGCUUUCUCAGCCCGGAUCCAUGGCGCCGGCCGACGAUGCAACCGAGCUGCCCAGAUCGCAGGCAUAUUCGACGACUCGCGCCUCCAACCUGGGCCGAGUCGCCGCUAGCUAUCUACCCGCAGGCCUCGGCAACCUCGCAGGCCAAAUCCCGCCAUCGGUGCUGCCCCAGUACCUCAAGUCAGAGUGGAGCAGCGCCCAAUUUCGCAUUCCCCUCAAGACGUUUGGAUCCGCCUCGCGCCACUCGUCGGCAUCGGCACAAGGCGACGAAUCUGGUAUCUACGGCUCAAACGCUCCAAGAAGCACCACGCUCGGUACCGAGAAGUCUACCGAAGGCGCUUGGGCGCACAUGCGUAGCCGCAUAAGCGACAUCCGCAAGGGUGAAGCCAACGUGGACGAAAAGAUGUUCUUGUGCUGGGUCGAAGAAGCAGCCCAAUUGCCAGUCACAGUGACCAAAGGUAAAGCGUCGGCGCAGCCCUCUUCCAGGUCCGAACAUGCAUCUCGGCCGCGUCCACUGCACACGUCAAAGGAUAAUCACGAUGGCCCCAACCCCGAAUCGCCGUACCGCUUUCACCUCGUCGUUCUAACGACCUCGGGCGGGUGGUACAAGCUCGCGAUCCAUCCACCACAAUCGAAUGCCAGCGAGGACGCAUCAGGCUCCACCGUGCUAGGCAUGUACCGCCGGGAGUCGAAGCGCGCAACUGACAAGCCCAAGCCGCUGGAAUGCGAACUGCUCGAGUUUCGCCCCAUGGCGGCGAUGCUGGACGGAUGGAGAGCAUGA